AUGUCGUCGUCUACAUCAAUUAAGAUGCAAAAGUUAGGCGUUCGUUUUCGGCCACCGACUAUAUAUUUAUUCUAUACGGAUGUAUCAACUGGUAAACUACGUCGUCGCACUGUUGUCUUGGAUGAUUUCACCAAAGAUUCGGAUAUAACUGAUUAUGCUAAUGAACUUCACGAUGAUAAAACAACUAAAAAACGAAAUCUCUUUCGGUAUGUUCCAUUGCGACGUCUUGAACGUCUUUUAUUUGUUGUAAAAGAAGGUCUCACAGCCAACAUAUCCAAAAAUGAUAUUGAAAAGAAAUUACGUAAAUUCGAUGAAUUAGAUGUAAAUGAAGACUUAAAUAAACUUGAUGAUGGUACGUUAAAACAUAAGAAGCUUAUUAUGAAUGAAACAUUUGAAAAGAAUCGCGUGGAUCCAUCAUCAAAAAAUUUUGUUUAUGAUGUAGUUGUAGACUUUGAACCAACUCCAGGAGAAAAACAAACAUCUGAAUGGGAUUCAACAGAUGAAAUAGAAGAAGAUAUCAAACAAGACGAUGAUGAUUUUGAAGAUGAUGAUGAUUUCAAAUGA